AUAGAUGGGCAUUGUUGUCUGGGGCUUCAGCUUGCAAAACCUAGACAAUUAAAUACCCACAGCCUUCAGAAAACGACUGUGUCAGGGACCGUUCAUCUUCGUCAGCGUCACUUUUGCACCUGAUUUGCUGGUUGCGGCAGAGAGAAAACAAGUGAAAGGGAGUGAUGGCGGAAAACGCGCAAGGUUCAUCAUACUGGGAAGGCUACAAAGAGUUUUGGGCAGAGAGGUUUUCCUUUUUGGGUAACUAUUCCAGGUUCAUCAAGCGUGAUAAACCCAUCCCUUCCUGGUCUAACUCUGAUGUCGAGGAGUUCAUUGCUUCCGAUCCUGUUCAUGGGCCCGUUCUGAGAACUGCUAGAGAAGCAGUGCAAUAUAGCCUCACAGGUAGUGCUUUGGGUGCAUUACUUACUGCAGGUUAUGCCUGGAAAUAUUCAAGGAGUCCACAUGGUGCUGGACUGUCUCUUUUAGCUGGGGGUGUAUUUGGGUGGACUUUUGGGCAUGAAAUCGCAAAUCAUGCUUUUCAACUUUACAGGGUAGACACAUUGGCUGCUGAGGCCAAGUUUAUGGAGUGGUGGAAUAAGAAGACUGGAGGGUAUUAAAACUGUUGGCUUUUGGGAAUUAAUGCUACAUUUGUUAUCGUUGCUGAAAAGUUAAGAAUAUUUUUCGGGGUUGCCAGUGCGAUUUAUGUUCACUGAAUAAAUAUCUUGUUGACAUAGGUUAAAUUUUAAAACAUGAAUAAUCUCAAAAAAAUUGACUUUAUGCCAUUUUUCUUCU